AUGAAACUCGAGGAGGGACAGGACAACGAAGGUUCUGGCCAACCAAAACCGCAGGAGCCGCUGGUGGGAACGUAUCGAAGGUCAUUCCUACCAAGCUAUGAGGAACCGCCUUCAUUCGACGAUGCAGUUCAGUCGUCUUACAUUCCAGUUUUAGACGCCGAGAAAAAAGCACAGGAGGAGGAACAAGGCGAGCUGCAGGAAUCCGGCCCUCCCGUGUUUCCACCAUCCUUUGACCAUAGCACAUCCACCAUCAUGGUACUCAACCACUCUGCCGUGUCCGGAGCAUCCGUGCCAUACAGCCGGACGCUCUCUCAGUCCUCUAUUGACCACGGAGAAAACAACGCGAUCCAUUCCCAUGCUGUAAAAGGAGUCGUCGCUGCACGAAAAACAUCUUCGUCGGCUUCAUCCAACCGGAGCGCCUCCCAGCCCACCGCCAGCCCUUCUAUUGCCACGAGUGAAGAAAAUCACCACCAUGCCGGGACGAGGCCGCAAACCAUUUCCACCGAGCUCGGAUCGCCAAACGUAGCAAUGCCUGUUUAUCCGGCCGCACGGCUUGCUAAUUCGGCACGACCUGUGACACGACCGCAAGAUAACUCCUCAACGACACCGAUGGACUCUACGGAAACCAGCACUACAGGAGAUUACGCAGGCUGGGAGUCUCCUACUCUUGCAACGCUAGCCAAUCCCGUGUUAGUGGUGAGCACGCAAGAUGGCGCCGCGCGUCCAGCAAGUGCAAGGCACGCUGCCACCCAGGAAGAGGAACUUGGCUACCCGCAGCAACGGUACUCGGCAUCCCGCCAUGGAACUCCCUCUGUGGUUGUCGUCGAUCCCCUGGCGAAGCGAACGAGCGCCGAUUUGACGCAGCAGAACCUGGCCUCGUUGCCUCGUUCUGCUGCAAUUCGUCCCAUGCAGGCCAUCAACGAGCUAUCAACAUCUCCAGCCCACUCCACAGCCACGACUGUGAGCGACCAACAUCCCGCUACAUCGGUCUCUGCUGUCGCUGCAUACGCCGCCUCUCCACAGCUCGCAGCCGCAGUCACACACGCAAUGCUCAGCACUCCCACGCUCGCCGCUGCAGUCACCCAUGCCAUUCUCAACAGCCGACAGCACCAUGGCCUUGCCAUGUCGCAACUCGCAAGUGAGCGGGCAACGUUCGGCUCGUCGUCGCCUGCACCACGCCGAGCAGUCAACAUGGAGCAGCACGCGGCCUCGAUUGCCGCACAGCAAGCUGCUGCUCAAAACGCUGCUGCAACAAUCGGGGGUACUAUUCCGCCAGAUGGAUCCCCGUACAUCCGCUCCAAGCGACCUCUUCCCCCAGCAGCAGCUGCAGGCGCAGCACGGACUGGUGCACAGCAGCGUGGCUCGUCCAACUUGUCCUUGUGCAAGACCAUCAUUGGCGUGUUUCUGGGUCUGUCUUUUCUCGUGGCCAUGGGCGCGGUGUCGUACUGUCUGCUCGAUCUUACCCUUGGUCUGGGCGACGAGGUAGUCUUGUACAGCAACCUGACUGAGCGGGCAGUGAGCAAUCAUGUGGCGCGCAAAGCGCGGUUUGCGGCCGAGAACCCUGGCUUGGUCGCUUCUUCUGGUCCGAGCUACACACAAACUGUAUACGUCAACGGACAGCCUGUCGAACUCACGUCCACGCCCGGGUUUUCCGAGAGUGUGUUUUAUGUGCCCGCGUUUCCGCUUGCCUCUGCGGCGGUCAUCUUUGCACUGAUGCUGCCGAGCGUGCCAUCACUACUCCUCGCCCUCAUCUACUCGUACUUUCGCGAGCAUAGCACGAGCAUCUUCCGCAUGGGCCGCAUGCAAGUCUCCAUGAUGGGCAAGUUUGCGCCGGCCACGUCUCGCGACAAGGUCUUUUAUACCGGGGCGUGCUCUCUGGCCUUGUUCAUGACGCUGUGUACCAGUGCGCUGUCUUCAGGCGCCGUUGUGGCCUUUUUGUUUUACGUUGCCAACAGCACUCCGCUCAUGUACACGAUUGGCUUUCUGCUGAGCGCUGCCGCCCUGCCCUUCUCUGUGUCGCACUGGUACCAUGCCGCGAAAGGCCGUCUCGUCCUGCUGCAGGCGGGAAAAGGAGGCAGCCGCGAUCCUGUCAUUAAUCAACACACACGCUAUCGCAACACGCACUUUGCCACAACUGCGGUUGGCCACUUGCUGGAAGGCAUUGCCAACCUCGUCGCUCGCUUCUGGGUCACGCUGACCUCCUCGCGUCGAAGCUUUAGCGAGGCCGUCUUUGUGCUGUUGACAUGGCUGUCAUUUGCGGCGCUGGUCUUUCUUUCUCAGCGAUGGGUGGCGGCCGCUGCCGUGCCGCUCAUGUCUGCUGCUUGGUGGCCCAACCUGUUUCCUCGCACGCGCUUUGCUCGUAUGCACAUGUUUAUCGCGCACGCAGCUGCAUCGCCCCACAAGUAUGCUGCCAUUCGCAGCUUGAUUGAGCUCUUGACGCUGUGCGGUGCUGGCCUACUGGUUGCCUAUCUCCGCUACGAGCAAACCCCGGACAAGCUCGGCAACAGCCUCUUCCAAGCGAUUGACCUGGCAAUCCACGGUCACGGUCACGACAGCGCUUUGGUGAGCGAUGGCAGCAACGACACACCCGUCUCCGUUCUCUCCAAGGUGCUGACUACGUUUAUCGCUGGCCUGGCUGCGUGGGUGAGCGGCUGGCUCGCGCUGACGCUGCGGAUGGAAUGGCUUGCCUUCACCUUUCCGCUCGUGCUCACCAUGCCGCUCUUGUGGCUGGGCGUUUGGCUGCCCUGCGUUUUGCCCGAGUCGAUGGUGUCCUCUCACUUCAACAUGGAUGUUUCUCACCUGACGUGCUCCGAUCUGACGCAAAUCGGCGUGGACAUGCGCAUGCCGGCCAGCUUUUGGAGCAGCAACGACGGUGUGCUGCCAGAUUCGCUGCAAAUCGUGGUGGCUAUUGUCGCGCCAGUGCUCGUGGGCGUCGUAUUUUUGCUCUUGCUCAUUGCCAUGCGCCACAUGCUCAAUCGCGAAGGUUCCUCCAUUCCAUUGCCCAACAGCACGACGCUGUAUUUUGUUGGGCUUCCUUCCUACGCCGGUCCUCACAAUGUGGCGGCCGCCAUUCUUAACAGACGCGUCGUGGUCCGCAGCAAAACCAACGCCUCGCUCUCCUCUUCUUCUUCCGACGCUCUGCUGGCUUCUGCAACGCGCAGCUCUAGUCUCAUCAGUCGGGACGCAUCCGCGUUUUCGCCGUCCAACUCCACCCAGGGUUUGCUUGCACCCGCGGCCAGUCGCAUUUUCCGAACUUCGUCCACAGUUGUGAUGGCUGAUUUUGACAACGAGGACGAACCGAUUGUCAGUCCCGUGGAUGCGGCGCUGGCCGACGAGCAAGUCUACCGUCGACCGGUGGCCAUUUUCGUUGCGACCAUGUUCUACCGCGAGGAUGCCGAGGAAAUCCACACCACCAUCUCAUCUCUCUGUCGCCUGGCGGAAUCGUUUGAUCCAUUUGCGGCAGAGGGCCGGCGGUUGCGUCGAAACGGCGUGCAAGACUUUGUCGAGUUUCACGUCUGGAUUGACCAAGCUCUGCCCGGAGGCUACCAAGCCGAGAUGAGCAAGCGCAUGACCAUGCUUUCCGAGUGCGGCACGGCAGUGGUCGCCAUUGUGGCUGCAUCACUGGGCGUGCCGGUGCGGGACUUGUACAGCUCGAUCGCAGCACGCCGCUAUGGUGCCGAGCUGCGCGUCCAGCUCGCCACCGGCUCCAGCUACAUGUACAUUCACUUUAAAGACGUCAAGAUUGUUCGCCAAGGCAAGCGCUGGAGCCACAUUUUGCACCUCCGCCUCGUUUCUGAAGUGCGCGCCAAGUCGUCCCAAGUCUUGAACUUUUUCUCGGCUCAAAACGACGCGCCUGAUUCCGCGACCAACAUGUUUGUGCUGUUCACGGAUGGCGACGUCGACUUUAAGCCCAAGGCGGUCGAGCAGUUGCUGAAUGUCAUGCUGGCAUCGCCCUCCACCGGCAUUGUGAGCGGACGAAUCGCGCCCAUCGGAUACUCGCGCCUCGCUGAGGUCCAGCGGUUUGAGUACGCCAUUGCACAUUGGCUGACCAAGGCCACCGAGCAUGUUCUCGGCACGGUCUUGUGCGCUCCGGGCUGCUUUUCGAUGGCACGUCUCAUCACGACUGACCUGUGCUUGGACGAGUACUCGGUGCUUGCAACCAACGGCACAGAGUACCUCGAGCUCGACCAAGGUGAGGACCGCAAGUUCUGCACCUCGUCCAUCCUCGUCCGCAAGAACUUUUUGCUCGACGAGGCGCUCCACACCAUGUCGGGCAAUGGGCGCCAGUACCAGCACCACACGCCCACGAUGCGACGACUGCGGACGCGGGACCACGCCAACUACCGCUCGCUCUCUGCGCAAGACAAGUCCGCAGAAGAGGCGCGCACGCCCUUCUUCCCGCAUCCCGGCAGCAGCGGUGGCGGCAACAGCUACCUGGGCGAGGUUCCUUUGGUGGGGGAUAUUGUUGUCAACAUUAACGAGUCCGACAAUGACAACAAGCGCACCUUUGCCAUUCAGUACUGCUCUUCUGCGGUCUGCAAAACACACUGCCCCACCACGAUGGGAAACUGGAUGAUUCAGCGUCGGCGCUGGCUGCCGUCGACGGACGCCAAUACAGAGUUUUUGCUCAAGCACUGGGCCGAGUCGGCCAAGUACAAUCCGACGCUGACUCCAUUCUUCCGAUUUACCGUCGCCUUUCAGUACCGCUUUGGUCGACUGACGCCCUCCACGACGCUCUUUAUGCUUUCGGGCGCGCUCGUCAACAUUGUCGGGGUGUCGAUUGGCGCAGGAAUCUUUCUGGCCGUGGCGCCUGCUGUCGCCGUGGCGCUGGCAGCAGUGACCCUUCGAAUCGAGUCGCAGCACAUCUUCCAUCAGAUUGCGGCAUUCUGGUAUGGCGUCUUGAUGCUCAUUACCGCCGUGCACUUGCUGAUUCUCGUGUGGGGAUUCCCGCUGUCGAUCGUGGCCUUGUUCCUCUACUGGAUUAUCUUUACCACCGUCAUUGCCGGUCUCCUCUACGGCCAACUGUGGGAGUUGCUGUGUGGCAUCUGGUUUUUCAUUUACCUGCCCACGACCACUGCGCUCGUUGGCCUGUUUGCGUAUGGCAACAUUGACGACAAGCGCUGGGGUCUCCGCGAAGGUUCUGCGUCGGACUCUGACCGCGCUCGUGCUGCUCGUAUCGCCGAGCGCGCCAAGGAGGCUGCUGACGAGCAGAAGCAGCAGGAGGAGAUUCGCGCGAUGGCACGCAGCGGCACAUCGGUGGUGCGCAUUCGUCUUCGGCUGGCCGCCCGCCACAUUGCGAGUAGCUUCAAGAGCUUUGUCAAGGCGCAUGUUCGCGAGACAAUGCAAGACUUGCAGCGCUUGCUGGACGAGAAAGAGGAGAGCCAGCAGCAAGCCAAGCUUCAGGAGGCAGAGCAGAAGGCUGCCGAACGAGCCUCGGCUGCCAGCAAGCAAAAGGAUGAAGAGGACAGCAAACUGAGCGCAGCAGCAGCAGCAGUCAACGACGAUGCCCAACCCGUCCUUGCUACCUUUGUGCAGCGCAUUCACGCCGUGUCCGACCCAAACACGAAGGCUGCUGCAGCACCCUUGUCUCAUUCCAACGUGACUGUGACGUCGCUUUGCCCUGUUGCUACACCUGCACCCCAAGCACCUCAAGAAACUCGGUCAGAUGGGGCCGCUCGUACGCUGACAGCCUCGACGUCGUCGAGCUCGAUCAGCUCAACCACCAGCACAACACUGGUCAAGUCUUCUACAGCCACGACCAACGGCUCCAACUCAAACAACAACAACACCAAUCACACGAACAACAGCUCGACUUCUGGCCCCGACCGCGACCUGACGCCGGCCGAGCGCAGGUUUUGGCGACGUCUCUUCUACUCUGGCAGUCCGCUGGCGGCCCCUGCCCCGAAAGCCGAGGAGCUGAGCGCGCUCAAAAUGCGCAUGAGCCUUGUUGCGCUCCGCAACAGCGCAAUGACUGCGUACUGCUUGGAAAACAUUAUCUGGCUGAGCAUCCUCUUCUUUAUCACAUCCCGCUCAGAGCUGCUCGUUCCGCUCGGCUUCCUUGCCACCAGCGAGAACGAGCCCGGCACGAGCAUGCUUGGCCUCGUCGUUGUCGGCUGCUUUGCAUUAACUCUUCUAAUUAUGUUCGUUUGCAUGCUUUGCGAGCGUGUUCUGACUCUGUGUCGUGUCUGGGCCGAGAAGGACAUGCUCUUUUGA